AUGGCACUUGUCCAAACCUGCGCCAUCGACAACAAUUCCGAUGCCUGGCUGAUAUGGAUGUCUCGAGAGGCGAGCUCCAAAGGAGAAAAACUCAGCUUAGAUCCCCCGCGAAUCGUGGCAUUUCACUUCUUUGAUAAUCGACACAGAGAUGAUGUGACUACCAAAAAAUGGGCGAAAUUAAUGGCCAAACUGGCCCAUGAAUAUGCCGGUCGCAUCAUGUUCGGGAUGCGGGACAUGAAAAGCAUCGGCAAUUGGCAUCCGAAUCUCAGACCGAAUGACUUUGGCGGCUAUCGGCCAGGUUUGCCGCCUCUUAUCUAUGGGGAGGAUAAGAAGCACAAUGUCUAUGAGAUGAACAGGUUGGUGAACUACAGGAAUAUGAAGGACUUUUGUGAGAAACUGCUGCAGGAUCAGCUCUUCCAGGCGGUUGUUGUGGCCCCCGUUGCCGAAUUGGAUUCACCUCCUCAAAAUUACUUUGACUUGGAAGAUCACAAGGACAGGGAUUACUUUGUGAUGUUGUACGAUCCUGCCUGCUACCACUGGCCCAUGCAGUUGAAAAUGCUGCGGAAACUUUCCCUUCUGCUGGCCAACGAAACUAUCUCUGUGAUGAUCAUCAAUAAGUCGCACAACUAUUUGGGCGUGGUAUUCAACAAGUUUUCGAAGGCGGUCAACUGUCAUGGGGCCACAAUAUUCAGCACUUCACGUCUGGAUGGCUGGGACUUUAAGAUGCGCCCGAGACAGGACAGUACACGCGAAUAUUUGCGCUACAUUGCCCAGAGCAGGCAGCCAGAGUUGUUGGGCUACGAUGCCAAUGGCGAGCCCAAAGCACCCGAGGCGGCAUUGGCUUACAUUGAAUGUCUAUUUGCUGAAAGCAGUUGA